GCGCAUGCGCAUCACCCAGCUAACCAUUUGACGACGUGUACCCGGUGUGUAGAAGUGUUGAGGUAUCUCAUCUCUGCUGGGUAACAAGCUGCCAUUAAAACCUAAAACGCCUUAAAAGAGCAGCACCAUGGGAGGCGCGCAGAGUGUGGAGAUACCGGGAGGAGGCUCCGAGGGCUACCACGUCCUCCGGGUUCAGGAGAACUCGCCUGGACAUCGCGCAGGACUGGAGCCUUUCUUUGACUUUAUCGUCUCCAUCAACGACACAAGACUGAACAAGGACAAUGACACCCUAAAAGACUUGCUGAAAGCCAGUGUGGAGAAACCAGUUAAGAUGCUGGUGUACUCCUCAAAGACCCUCGAGCUGCGGGAGUCUACAGUCACCCCCAGCAACCUAUGGGGGGGCCAGGGCUUGCUCGGCGUCUCCAUUCGUUUCUGCAGCUUUGAGGGAGCCAAUGAGAAUGUUUGGCAUGUGCUGGAAGUAGAGUCUAAUUCCCCAGCAGCCCUCGCCGGCUUGCGGCCGCACACUGACUACAUCAUUGGAGCCGACACUGUUAUGAAUGAGUCAGAGGACUUGUUCUCUCUGAUAGAAAGCCACGAGGGUAAAGGCCUGAAGCUCUAUGUCUACAACACAGACACCGAUAACUGCAGAGAAGUGAUCAUCACACCUAACAGUGCCUGGGGAGGAGAUGGCAGCCUUGGAUGUGGGAUUGGCUACGGAUACCUCCACAGGAUUCCCACCAGGCCUUUUGAGGAGGGGAAGAAGAUCAGCUUCCCUGGAAACUCUCCCAGUGAGCCCCUCAGUCCGCUGAAGGAUGGAUUCACAGAGGUCCAGCUCUCAGCGGUGACCCCUCCUCCUGCUGCACCUGCUGUCCCUACUGGCCUUGAAGAUUCGCUGUCAGGCCUGUCAAUCAGCACAGCCCCGCCCACCAUGCCCAGGGAGCUGCAGACAGGUUUGCCCACAGUCCCCCUGCUCCCCUCCUCCACCAACCCCGCCCUCGGCCCACUCACUCCACUGAAUCCCGCCGGCUUCAACCCCGCCCUCUCCGGCUUCAACCCCGCCCUCUCCGGCUUCAACCCCGCCACCACCGGCUUCAACCCCGCUACCACGCUACCAGGUCUGAUGCCCCUCCCAGCUGGCUUACCUCCGCUCCCUAACUUGCCCAACCUCAACCUGCCACUCUCAGACCUCAGUGCCAUGUCACUAGCAGGCACCUUUCCACCAUUAGGAUCUACAGUCCCCUCUCUGGCCGCUCUCCCCCCCCUCAACCUCCCAGGUCUGCCACCCUUACCCCUUCUACCCACCAUGCUGCCCUCCACGCUGCCUCCCCUCCUCCCUCACGGAGUGCUCCCCCUCCUGCCCACUUCCAAAGCCUCCAUCACAGUCACGGCAGCGCCUGCGACUGAGCCCACAGUCUCCACGGAAGCCACCUCCACAAACGCCACGGAAUCACCGCCGCCAACGGAAACGAAGCUAACGUCGUAACCUGGGAAAGAAGAUCCCGCUUGCCAUCAAACCAAAACGCACACCCGGUUUCUCUCUCUCUCUCUCUCUCUCUCUCUCCCCCCCCCUCCGUCUGUCUUUCUCUGUUUUUCUAUUUAUUUGGCCAAGAGGGACAGGCAGGCCGCCGCACCAGCUCAGACACAGGUCGGUAUGCUCCAGGUGUGGGUGAGGAAGUGAUGAAGGAUGAAGGAUAUGAAGAACGGAGCACGGCUCUAGACUGGUCUUACCAACAUGUCUUUAUUACCAGAUUGUCACGGACCUUGUCCAAGCCGCUGUACGGGGACUCUUCGGUUUGUAGUUUGCUUCGCACUUCUGCAGUUACAACAAGGCAAAGAACCGUUUUAGGAUUUCCCCCCUUUCUGAUCUGGCAAGCCUCUGUUUCACACUUUUAUUUUCUUUCUUUUAUAUAUAAACAGUGUAUGGUAAUGGGCUGGACAAUAAAUCACAUUUACUGAGUUACUAUAUAUCAUGAAUCCCUUAUAAAUAAACUGAGAAUAGCUGUCAUUUCACUUACUGGAAUCAAUCUGGAACAAGAUAUCAGAAGUGGCCUACAGGAGAAAAGGACCAUCAUGCACUGCUGUAUUAAAACAUUGGUAAAUAUGAAUUCAUGAUGUUAUAGAUUUUUGGUCUUAUCAUCCAGCCCUGACAUGUAACCUUUUAUUACUAGUUAAUAGAACCCCUGACCAAUAGAUUAAUUUGAUUGACAUGUAUACAUUUUGUUGAAAUUGCUGUAUGAGUGUCUCCACCUAAUGAAUGAAUCUGCAUUAUUUUUGCACCACCUUUUGUGUUUUGAAAUUAUUAGUCUGUCCCUUUCGUAUGUCUCAAUGUAUAUCCAGAACUCUACAGUAUCCGUCUCCACCACACGGGGGCGGUAACAGCCUGAAAGCCGUGCCGGAGGGGGCUAGAGGUUUACACUUACAGGAGCUGCUGCGUAGAGUGUGUGUGUGUGUGUGUGUGUGUGUGUGUGCGCGCGCGCGCGCUUACUGUUGGGUGAUCAGUAGGCAGGGUGAAACAUUUUUGCAGGGGUGUUUAAUACACAGUAUGUCUCCUCCUGGCAUGGCUGAAGUAACUUGGUAGGAAGUUGCAGUGAUGCAGUAAUACCACAAGGUGUCACUGUAAAAUAACUUUCUGAAAACAUCUGUCCAGUGCGAGCAAUAAAGCCAAAUUAAUUUUA